AUGGGGUCGACCGACUUUGGAAAUUUCAACGACUUCUGCAAGGACUCCACCUUGCCAGUGUGUAACCUGUUCUCAGGACCGAGACAUGACCAGAAUGGCCCCUGGGGAGGAUGCCAACUCACUGGAAUCCCGCUGAGCAACAACCGUCACCUGGCUAAUUUGGGCUCAAUCAUUCUCUGUGGCGCCGCCAUUGCCACUUCACUUGUCCUGUUGCUGCGAUCCGAGAGGAAACGGGCGGCUGUUGGUCGCAGGGAAAUGCAAGUAUUCCUAGCUGGGUACAUCAUCAUUAGCAUAUGCGAAAUCUUCUCCGUCGGUGGCUUCCCCCUAAACCCGACUGCUCGAGUGGUCUUUAGUGCCAUCCACAUUGGCAUGAUUAUUGCUACAACUUGGAUUCUGAUGCUUAAUGCUGUCAUUGGCUAUCAAUUAAUCGACGAUGGAACCCCGCUCUCCUUGGGACUGCUCAUUGUUUCUGCCGGCGUCUUGUUUAUUGGAACUGGAUACAUUGCGCUCGACACCGGUCUCAAAUGGACUGGCUACUGGAAUAGUAGCUACGAUGCUCCUAACCGAAACAUUGCUCUCUACGUCUUGUACCAGCUCAUCCCUCUCAUUUUUCUUGUCGCCUUUUUCGUCCUGGAAGCAAUCUUGGUCCUUCGCGUGCUCGGCGAGAUCCGACCCAUGAUCUAUCUGACCGCCGCUGCUUUGCUUUUUGCCAUUGGCCAAGUCUUCAACUACGCCAUUAGCAGAUUUAUUUGCGACGGUACCAGCGGUGGGAUUGACGGAGCCUUGUUCGAGACACUAUUCACUCUGCUCUCCGUCGUUGCUGUGUGGAUUUUCUGGUCCAGCAUUACCGAAGACGACUGGCCAAUGCAAACCGGCGCCUCAUACGACUAG